AUGACCUUUGUUGAAGCAACGAGCGGUAGCGAUGACAACCACAAAGUGCUCCCUCGUGACUUUGGCUCUGAAGAAGUGGCGCGAUAUCUGGAAGAGCGAGGCUUGAUCAAUGAUUGCAGUUUCAAGGAUGACAGCAACCCGGAAGCAUCCUACUACGUCUUCAAGGGUCGAUCCUUCUUUCCCGUGUCUCGCAGUGUGGUGCUGUUGCUGCUGGUGGAACCCUACGACAAGUUCUACCAGAUGGAAGGAUCUACCGUGGGGCUUCUCUUUUACAUGAUCUACUUCCCCGUUGGCCUACUCAUCACAACGGCGGCGCUGCUGGCCUUUUGCAUUUGGUUCGAUUGCUGCAUCCAACCUUGGAUGCUCGAACCAGAUCAAAUUGGGAUCUAUGGCAAUGGACGACACUUUGCCUGGAAAAAGAAGAGUGACGAAGAUGUCAAUAAUGGAGGAGAAGAACCAAACGAAGCCGUCGACGGGAAACGACAACGUCAAACACCCAUAUCCACCUGUCUCUGUAUCUACAAUGCUUGUCUGGUUACCAAACAAGUGGAAUACGACGAGGAAGAAGUUGCCACCAGGGUUGGUGCCGAACCUCUGGUGCAUGCCUAG